AUGCGGGAAGUAAACAUCCUAACCCUGCGAUUACCAAGAAGAUGGAUCGCAAAGAUUAUAUCGACACGGUUAUCUAUCCCGACCUGGACUGCCGGUUCGAAAUUAGCGGGCCAAACGGCUUUCGAAUCUCAAACUUUCUCCAAGCAUUGCACAAAACUAUCAACAACUUUAUUCGAGAGGCUCGCAAGAACAACGGGUAUCUCCCCGGGAUGCAACCUGAAGUCGACGAGGGCCACACAACGACGCCUGCCUCAACGACUGUUGUUCCUCGUGUCAACCGUCUACCUGCCCGUAUUUGCGCGUCCUGCUACGCGCCCGAAAAUGAGUGUUCGCCGCAUAUUCGAGGAAGAUCAAAAGACCGAAAUUGAGAGGCUGACGAAUGCGAAACUCGAGGGACAGGAGCGGGCGCACCGAGAUGGAAAGGACUUGAAAGCACGGGCAGAGGCAGUGACAGAGCUAUGGACUAAUUGCGACAACAAAGAAGAAUAUGAGAAGCGUGCUGCUGAGGAGAAUGCAGUGCGUGAAGCAGAGCUUACGCCCGAGCAACUAAGUCUCAAUCAAUCGGAGUUUGGGCGUGAGCUCUCGACUGUUGUUGCCAGCUACUUUGGCAAGCAUGGCAAGCAGAUUGGUGAUGCCAUUUUUUGUUUGCGCGUUACGCGUUCGUGGACCCCAAGACUAACCAAAUUGGAUUCAAGAAGUGAGUGGCAAUUCCUUCGUGUUAACACUAUGCUUAUGGGGACAAGAAUUACGGUCAACGGCUUCAGCGACGAAAAGUUUGGCGGAACAACAGAGGAGUUCGAAGCUUGGAAGACUUAUGCAAUGCAUACUCUACAACCUGGUAGGUUCCAUUUUCGACUCUGA